AUGUCCGGCCGUGGAAAGGGAGGAAAAGGUCUUGGAAAAGGAGGAGCCAAGCGCCAUCGCAAAGUUCUCCGCGAUAACAUCCAAGGAAUCACCAAGCCAGCUAUUCGCCGUCUUGCCCGUCGUGGUGGAGUCAAGCGUAUUUCUGGAUUGAUCUACGAAGAGACCCGUGGAGUGCUCAAGGUUUUCCUUGAGAACGUGAUCCGUGACGCCGUCACCUACUGCGAGCACGCCAAGAGAAAGACCGUCACCGCUAUGGAUGUCGUCUACGCCCUCAAGCAAAGAUUAUUAUUACAUGGGGAAAGUCAGCCGAUUAAUGAGGAAUCUUCCAAAUGCAUCCAGACGCCGCCAAUCGAGGUUCAUCACCGAAGUGCACAAACAGGCGUUGAUUCCGACCACCUAGAACAAGUUAAAAAUGCUGACUUACUCUUGGCAAGAAGUUUGAAGUCAUUGACAAUCGAUGGCUUUCCUAUCCCUAGGACUAAUGAAGAUGUGAAGAACCGAGGCGAGCAGAUUGUUCAGAAUUUGGCGUCCGCGGUGAAGAUCAUCACGAAUCGUCUUGGAGAUUGCGCGAAAGAAAAAUUCUCACCUGACAAAGCUAUUGAUCUUCUCAAUCAUGUGAGGAAGCACGAAGAUGCGAUGCGUCAGGCGAUUAUUGAUGGAACCAUAGUGCGCAACGAUGAAUCGGAUGACACAGAAGACGGAGACGACGAGCUAGAUUAUAUUGAUGAAUAG